GGACACUACUUCAUUAUUAUCCUCCCUUCUCCUUGUCCAGUCGCACUUGGGCUUUAUGAUUCACAACAGAGCGUUGACUCAGACAUUCUCAACUCCCGACUGCUACUCAGAGUUCAUACUCCGGCGGCAUUGAGCAACGUUGAUCUCCCUUCGUUCGAGCCACUGUGGCACAUGCUCAUCAACACCCGCCAGACUCAUCCUCGUCUUGCUGGUGAAAGGAGUGCCUUACACCCACCCUCACUCUUACCUCUUCUUUACCCUUGAAUUCUGCAAUCUGCCAACAUGAGUGCUACGAAAGCCCAAUCCCAGAAAAUCUUCGACAAGCUAAAGACAAAGCCAGCCAACAAGAUCUGUUUUGACUGCGGACAAAAGAAUCCCACGUGGUCUUCGGUGCCAUUUGGCGUCUACCUAUGCCUUGACUGCUCUUCCAACCACCGCAAUCUAGGUGUCCAUAUCUCUUUCGUCAGGUCUACCAAUCUUGAUGUCUGGCAAUGGGCACAAUUACGUACCAUGAAAGUUGGCGGCAAUGAGUCUGCCACAAAGUUCUUCCAGUCCAAUGGUGGCAGCGCUGCUCUGGCAAGCAAAGAUGCUAAGAUCAAAUAUACUUCCAGCGCAGCCAACAAAUACAAGGAGGAACUAAAACGGAGAUCAGCAAGAGAUGCUGAAGAAUUUCCAAAUGAAGUUGUCAUUACCGACGAGACUUUGCCGACGCCAGGAGAUGGAACCACCUCCACCCCCUCAGGCGAACCUGCCGAUGACUUCUUCUCCUCCUGGGACAAGCCUACAAUUAAACGGCCUAGUAAUCCACCGUCUCGUUCUGCCACACCACCUGUGGUCUCUCGCACGGCGUCCCCCUUUCUCUCCGCAGGAGCUUCCAAUGGCGCAGGAAUCCGACCAAAGUCUCCUUCUCCCCUCGCUGCGAGCGCUGCCGACGCCGAGAACGCUUUGUCUGCGCCAACCGCCAUUCGAACUACAUCCACCUCCGCAAUUCGGAAAGCUCCUGGUGCGGCCGGCGCCGCCAAACGCACUAAUAUUCUUGGUGCAAAGAAGAAUCAAAAGCUGGGCGCAAAGAAAGUCGCAGGUGACGAGAUUGACUUUGAAGCUGCGGAAAAGGCCGCAAAGGCUGAGGCGGAACGAAUAGAGAAGCUGGGAUAUGACCCAGAAGCAGAACAGGCAGAGGCAGCGGCCAAGAGUCGGUCGACGAGUUCCAUCACGAAGGACGCUCCAAGUCCGAUUGUUUCUCCAAGGGCAGGCCCCGGAUCUUCAAAUGCAUCACACACGCGAAGUCCAAGCGAAGUUGAGCGACUGGGUAUGGGUGUGGCAAGACUUGGCUUCGGAAUGACCAACAAACCAGCCGGCGCAUCGAGUGCUCCAGCGCCCAAGAAACUCGGCUUUGGCAGUGUCGGAGCUAGCAAAGCCGUCGUAGAUGACGACGAUGAGCAAUAUGCACGUGAGAAAUUUGGCACUCAAAAAGGCAUUUCCUCAGAUGAAUUCUUUGGCCGCAACGCCUUUGAUCCCUCUCAACAAGCCGAGGCCAAAACAAGGCUGCAGGGAUUCGAAGGUGCCACAUCCAUCUCGUCAAAUGCGUACUUUGGGCGGCCGGAAGACGACACAACUGGACUCGAAGGUGGCGAGUAUGGGGAUAUCGAGACAGCGGCCAAGGAUUUCAUCCGCAAGAUGGGACUGAGUGCGGGAGACGACCUGGAAAACAUCAUCAGCGUGGCGGGCGAAGGAGGCAGGAAGCUGAGAGGUGCAGUUGCUCGUUAUUUGAACAGUUAGGGUUUAGUUGGGUCAAGCAAAGUCAUGUUGCAAUCACGAUGGAAAAAUACAAGACUGAAGGUAAUGAAUGUUUCAUACAGACAUCCUGUCCCUUCUUUCCUCCAAGCUCUUGACGACCAUGUUCUCCUAGUGGCGGGCAUGCGGGUGUCGGGCGUGAAGAUGUGACUAGAUAUGAGAUCAAUGAUACGCUUAACCAGUAGAGCAGUGCAACACUUUUUGCGAAAGGAC